UUCUUUCAUUAAAAAAAACAGUAUCUUCGUUCUUAUCCUUUAAGCUUCUGACAAAUAACAACUCAUCUUUCCACCUUCCUUGUCUGAAAAAAAACACUCUGAUUUUAUUUAUGUAUGUUGUUUUAGUUAGAAUUUGAGACUAAGAAAUUUAAAUCUGUGUAAGAGAUCAAUAACUGCAACUUCAUUCGAUCAUUGAUGAUUUGGGGUUAUAUUGGUAAUAUAUUGGUGUUGAAAAAAGAACAAAUUAAAUAAUGGUGAUGGGGAAAUUUAAGAUUUUUGCUUUUGGAGAGAGAGAGAAAUAUUGUGUGGGUGUAUUUGAUGAAGAAGAAAUGGAGGAACAUAGUGAAAAGUCACCACCAGCUGAGGAUGAUCACUGUCCAAUUUGUUUUGGGGACUUCACAAUUCCUUGCAGGACAAACUGUGGGCACUGGUUUUGUGCAUCUUGCAUAUUGCAGCUAUGGAAUUAUAGAUCAACAUUACAGCCGUGCAAAUGCCCCAUAUGCUGUCGUCCAAUCAGUAAGCUGGUUCCCGAGGAUUCUUUAGUUGUACAACAGGAAGAGGAUGCUGUUGAACUCCUUAAUGACAUUCGCCGAUACAAUCACCUAUAUGUAGGUGGUGCUUAUGGUGUGUUUCUGAAACUAGUUGCCUUGCCACUGCUAAUGCAGAGAAUUCUCAGGUCAUUGAUGAGCAAACUGAUGGAUCCUGAUCAUGUCAAGUUAAAUUGUUAUGUACUGCGCCUUUUUGCUUUAUUGCUGAGUUGGAUCUACAGCAGCUGGAACUUUAAGUUUAUUCCUACUGGACGUCUGGGAAUAUGGAGACUACUUGACAUUUGUGCUAUGGCCUUUGUGGCCAUUUUCUAUUUGGCUGGCCUAUUCCGUAGAUGGGCACUUAGGCGUCAUGUGAGGUUGUUAGCUAUUUUACAAGCUCAGCCGAGUUAAAAGUCCAUGCUGUGAAUAGAUUUUGCAUUUUGAUAGUCGGAUAAUGAGCUUAUAUGCUGCGACAUGGACAUUGCGGAUUCAUGCAGCUGACUCCAACUUGUUUGAGAUUGAGACAUAGUAGUAGUUGUUGUAGAGUUGAACAACGAUUAGAGCUAUUUAGCUUGCUGAAGAUCUUGUAUAGAAGGUCUGUUUAAAAAGAUGAAAGGAAUUAACUCCUACUGUAUAGGCCAUGGCAGUCACCCUCUGAGCUGCAGAUUGUAUAGCUUAGAUAUGCAGUAAUAUAGAUGUAUGUUUUUUGGGGAAAAAACAAUCUUCAGCAUAAUGAGUUCCCUCUGCUGCUUUCAGAACUGCUGAGCUUCAAGUAAAGGUUCUUUUUGUUCCCAUUUCCAAGUUUUAUUCAGGUAGUGCAUUGAGGUUAUAGUUUAGUGCAUUUUGGAGUUGUAGAACUGACCCAUAUGAAUGCAAAAUGCCUUUGGUAACUGAAGCAUAUCUAUUCAGAGGUCAAAAUGCAUCUCCUUGACGUACAUUUACAGCUUGUUUGGAUGGU